AAACCUUAGUAACGCUCACACUAUACUAUACUACGAUGCUAUGCUAUGCUCUCUAAUCCGUUUGCGCCGUUACGCCGCUGCUUCACCCUCUCUUCUCCUCCACCACAACCACCACAAUAACCGCUUCUACUCCUCUCCUCCUCCUCCUCCUCCCUCCGCCAUGGUUGCUCACGCGAAAGACGAUGCCUACCUCACCGCCGCAAUCCCAAAGCGCAUCAGCAUGUUCGAGGCGAUUCAGGCUGAACAGCGCACACUCCGGUUAACCCUAUCGCCGGAUCCUAUCAAGGUCACCCUCCCCGACGGCAGCGUUAGGGAUGCUAAGAAAUGGCAGACCACUCCCCUCGACGUUGCUCGCGACAUCUCCAAGAAUUUGGCUGCUAACGCUCUCAUCGCUAAGGUCAAUGGCGUUCUCUGGGACAUGGCUCGUCCUCUCGAGGAGGAUUGCGAGCUCCAGAUCUUCAAGUUCAAUGAUGAUGAAGGAAGAGACACUUUCUGGCAUUCCAGCGCUCACAUUCUAGGCCAGUCUCUUGAGACUGAGUAUGGAUGCAAGCUUUGCAUUGGGCCUUGUACUACAAGAGGAGAGGGAUUCUAUUACGAUGCGUUUUACGGCGACCUGGGUCUGAAUGAUGAUCAUUUCAAGCAAAUUGAGGCUGGGGCAUUGAAGGCUGCUGCGGAAAAACAACCUUUUGAGCGAAUUGAAGUUACCCGUGAUCAGGCUCUUGAGAUGUUUUCGGAGAAUAAGUUUAAGAUUGAAAUUAUCAAUGAUUUGCCAGCUGACAAGACUAUCACGGUAUACAGAUGUGGUCCCCUCGUUGAUUUGUGUCGUGGACCACAUAUACCUAAUACAUCCUUUGUCAAAGCAAUUGCAUGUUUAAAGGCUUCAUCAGCAUAUUGGAGGGGGGACAAAGAUCGUGAAAGUUUACAAAGAGUUUAUGGCAUAUCUUAUCCUGAUCAGAAGAGUUUAAAGGAAUAUUUGCAUAGGCUGGAAGAGGCUAAAAAGUAUGAUCAUAGGAUUUUGGGUGUGAAGCAGGAGCUUAUCCUUCAUCAUGAAUGGAGCCCGGGAAGCUGGUUUUUCCUUCCACAUGGUGCUCGAAUCUACAACAAACUCAUGGAUUUCAUUCGAAAUCAGUACAGAGAUCGGGGCUAUCAAGAGGUCAUAUCCCCGAAUGUAUUUAACAUGGAGUUGUGGGAGAAAUCUGGUCAUGCUGCAAACUAUAGAGAGGAUAUGUUUGUCUUUGAGAUUGACAAACAAGACUUUGGUUUGAAACCAAUGAAUUGCCCAGGGCACUGCUUGAUGUUUCAGCACAGGGUUAGAUCAUAUAGAGAACUCCCACUUCGCUUCGCUGAUUUUGGGGUUUUGCAUCGGAAUGAGGCUAGUGGUGCCCUGAGUGGAUUAACACGUGUCAGGAGAUUUCAGCAGGAUGAUGCACAUAUUUUCUGCAGGGAGUCUCAGAUAAAGGAAGAAGUCAGAAAAGCCUUGAAUUUCAUCAAUUAUGUUUAUGAAGUUUUUGGUUUCACAUAUGAGCUGAAACUUUCAACGAGGCCAGAGAAAUACCUAGGAGAGUUGGCAACAUGGGAGAAGGCUGAAAACGCUCUUAAAGAAGCUUUGGACGAGUUUGGCAAGCCUUGGCAGUUGAAUGAAGGGGAUGGUGCAUUCUAUGGACCUAAGAUAGACAUCAGCGUAUCUGAUGCAUUGAGUCGAAAAUUCCAGUGUGCAACUUUGCAGCUUGACUUCCAGCUUCCUGAUCGAUUUAAAUUGGAAUACUCAGCUGAGGAUGAAGCCAAAAUUGAGAGACCUGUUAUGAUUCACAGAGCCAUUCUAGGAUCUGUUGAGCGCAUGUUUGCCAUUCUUUUAGAGCACUACAAGGGUAAAUGGCCCUUGUGGCUCAGUCCUCGUCAAGCAAUUGUAUGUCCUGUGUCAGAGAAAUCACAAGCUUAUGCACUGCAGGUGCGAGAUCAGAUCCACCAAGCAGGAUAUCACGUUGAUGCUGAUACAACUGAUCGGAAGAUUCAGAAGAAGGUACGGGAAGCUCAAUUAGCGCAGUACAACUACAUCUUGGUUGUUGGAGAGGAGGAAGCUAAUACAGGACAGGUGAGUGUACGGGUUAGAGAUAAAGCAGACCAUAGCGUUAUGAGUAUUGAGAAUCUACUCAAACACUUCAGCGACGAAGUUGCAGCUUUUCAUUGAUACUUCUCUUGUGAAAACUGUUGGAAGCAAAUUUUACCCCCACUCACCUAGUUUGUUCACACUUUGUGUGCAUUAUUUAUAUUUUCAGCCUGACAAUUUACAUUUAGAUGAUUUGGGUAAUGACUGUAUUUUCUAUGUGAAUUUUGGAGCGCACUGAUAUCGAUCCAUUGUUUGAAAAGCUGAGAGAAAGUGUAAUCUUUUAUUUUCUGUCUACAUUUUAAUUAUGUUUUUCGUUA